UACUACACUGUGAGUCUCUGGAAAGCUGGGACUGGAGUUAUCCAUUCUACCUUUAAUAUUGUUGCAUGUAAUAGGGCAACAUUUAUUGUAGGAGAGUUUGCAGAAUUCUACAUUGACUCUUGGCUGAGCUCUGUUGGUGCACCUUCUCCUUUGUGUCAUUUUCUUGGCUCUCUGCAUCUGGUAUUUUUCAAGUACUUUCCACCUUUGCUAUGUAUGGAUAAUUUUGCUUCUGACACUUCUGUUACCAGGAGGCAAACCUAAGAGUUUUUGUGUUGCGUAGAGAUUGUUGGAACACAAUUUUUAUCAGGAUGCUGACCAGAGAAAAUUAACAUUGUUCAUCAUGGAAUUUUAGCUACUUGGAAGUGAGUUUAAUCACUUUGCUGAUGUGGUAGAACUCACUCCACUGGCAUACAGCUUUUGGAGUCCUGCCAUAUCAGGAAUUAUAAUUGGCCUUCUGCUUAUAUGAAAGCAGUUUUGUAACGUUAAAAGUGCUACAUAACUACGAGGCAGGGUACUAUUACUGUCUUGAUCAGACAGUAAAUCUGGGAUAGUUCUCUUUCCUAAAGAAUAGUGUCUUCGCUAUAAAGCAAAGUGAGUGGUGAGGACCACAGUGUGCCACACGCUUGUUUAACUCUAAGUCCCUGUGCACAAAGGCCUGGUCAACUUUCAAUAAAUGUUGUUGGCUGUAACUAAAAUAAUUAUUUAUUCUUUGGUAACGUCAUUUUAAGAUAUCAUAAUACAAACAUUUUGCAGAUUUUAUGUUCAAUUCGUCAGAAAGAGAUUUGCUUCUCUUUUUUGGCCUUGCCAGUCAGCUGUUGCCAGUACUAAUGCAUGCAUUAUCAUCAGUAUAUAAUUUAAAAGAAAUUGACUAUUUAUUGAUUGUCUUAUAACUUUCCUUUUCUUGAACCCUCAGUGUGGACUGACCUUUGCUUUCUCUGUGUAUAUACUAUCACUGUAAAAUAUCAAGAUUUUUUUCAUAGCUAUGCAGAACUCUAAUUUGUGUGAAAUUGUCUAACCCCACAGCUUGUGAAAUUGAAUAAAAAUUAUCCUUACAAAUUAGUGGUGAGAAGAACUUGACUUGACCAAAAACACACACGAUAUAGAUUAGGAAAUCCUGACUCAGCACUGGUAGAGCAGAAAAUAGGUUAUUAUAACAAGCCAUAAACUAAAUGUGAGUUAGAAACCUAUCAUUAUUUAUAGUUCAUUUGGUCCCUAAUAGUGGCAGUUUGUUCUGUUUGACAGUUGUGGGACCUAGGGGCAAGUUGCUUAAUCUCCCUGAGCCUUAAUUAAUUCAUUUAUAAAGUGGAAAUAUGAGUUGGUGCUUAUUCAGGUUGGAAUUGCGAAGAUCAAAUAUGAUCAAGUAUGUGAAAUCACUGAAAUAUCAAUACCAGUCUCCUCAACCCAAGAUCAUACUGGAAGGAGAAUGGGAAAACUGCAGCCACACAAAGAGCACCCGCAUGCCACCCUGCCCCGAUCUCAAACAUGGGAUGUCCCAGGCUUCCAGGGUCCCAGCCAUCCCUUCCACUGCAGGAUCCGCGGAUGUCAGAAAUGGUCGCACCAGAGGUCAGGCAGUACAGCUUAUGUGCUUUCCAGAAAACAACUUUUAAUGACUGUGGAAAUAGAAAUGAAAGAACUUACAUGGCAUUAGACCUGAUAUAGUGGUCGGGCAUAAAGCAAGGCACCUAGAGUCUAAAGGAAGAUUCAUAGAGGGCAUCGUCCUGUGUACAGUCCCAGAGAUGGGACAUGGAUUGCUCAGUUAUCAUUAAUACAUGCAAAGAUUUCUAAACUCACAAGAAAUUGCAGAGUCUUCGUGGGAAUUACAAAAGCUGGACAGUAUUUUGCAUUCAGUAGGUAUUCAGACAUUGUGAUGAAAGUGAUUUGCACCAGCAACUGUGCUCUUUACGGUGAUUUAUACAUUUGAAAAAGAUAGUAGCAAAUUAGAAUAUGGUGCAGAGGACAAAUUAUUAAAGGCCCACAAGUAAAGUAAUAAGCUCAAUAAUAAGAAAAAACAAAAUGAGAGUUGAGAUCAGUACAUUUUUUAUAUCUUUUUGAACAGAUGCCUGCAUAUGAGAUGGCUAUCACAUGUUUUCUGUCAAUACAACAACUAAACAAGGUAAUCUAAGUUGAAAAAUGUUAAAUUAGACAUGACUUUCUUCCUGAGAGAUCUCACCUUGUUCCUGGGACUUCAACUACAUGAAAAUUGCGUGUGUUGGUCUCUUUGAUCAGACUGCUGGAAGCUCCUGCAGAGUAAGGCCUGUGGGGUAGCUUAUGAAACCUCUCUACCCAGCCCAGUGUUAAGCACUCAGAAGAUGCAGUGUGUGUAUAUUUUUAAUGCUAAAUUAAAUCAGCAGUUCUGAAAAGCAGUCUUUCCUAAAGCUAUGUCCUCAUUUAUAUUUAACACAUUUCUAUUCAUCUUUUUACCGGUUAACUAGACUCAAACAUUGGAAACCUUUUUUGAUUCCUUCCUUCUUGCCAUAACUAUUCCCUAUCCCCACAUCUGAUUAGUUACCAAUUCAUGUGGAUUCUUCCUUCACCACCUCUUUGUGUAUGCAUCUUCUUCUGAGAUUUCUACUCCCAUCACACUGGCUGAGAUCCCUAGUUCAUGGUCAGCUAACCUUCUCAGAGCUUUGCCAAUCUUUGGGUUUUCAUUCAUAAUUUUAGCCUGUAUUUUUAAGUUAGGUCACUUGUCCCAAAACACUACUUUCACUUCUGCUGCCCAGAAACCUUCAGCACUUCUCUCUCAAGUUCUUGCAAGUUCUCUACUGUUUGCCCAUAUUCAGUUUGUAGAUGUAGCUUUCACUAUAUUCCUGUGUGAUUUCUAUAUUUUAAGCAAUGGUUGGCUUUGUGUUUCCUUGGACAUGCCAUUGUAUCCUUUCUUCUGCUCUGAGUUUAUUUCUAGUACUUACUGGAACUCUCUCUCUUCCUAGUCUCACCUCUCAAAAUCCCAAGGUUCAGCAUUAUCUCCAAGUAUUUCUGUAGGCUUUCUCACCCCUUCCUACGAUGUUCUUAUGCUGUGCAAACACCUUAGCAUAUGGUGCGAACCAGAAAGUUGAUUGUUGAAAGGGGGGUGUUUAAAAACAAGACAUCUGACAAGCCAUUGUUAAAAGUAACUCUAGCUUCAUGCUGGCAGCUUAUCUGAGUCCUCAUAAGGUUUCAUGGUGUGUUUAACAUCUGCAGAAGUUUAGGAGAGGCAGCACUCAUAGAGACUCUUGUAUCUACCCAUUAGCGAAAUUAUUUUUAGGCAUGGUUUGCACUUAGAGCAUCUUUCAUUUUACAUGGAGUGCAUUUCUUUAUGAAAUUUUGCAUUUUAACAAGUAUUCUCAGAUACACUCGUUUUUGACAUUCAAUCUUGGAUUCGUACCUACUUUAGGGUAUGAAACCAACAAUUCCUUACCAAUUUUAAUUAUCUUACAAGCACUUUCAGUGUUUCUGGGUACACAAAGCACAUUUAUUAUUGACUUUUCACCCAAGUUGCUUUUAUAGAGAAAGCUCGAAGAGCCAUAGGUGUUUUUACUUAAUAAAUUGCCAAAUAACUAGUAAUAGAUAAUUACUAACUGAAAAAACUAGAUAGACUAUGCGUCUAAGAUAACCAAACUGGGAGCAAUUUGUCCAAAUAGAAAUGCUGUUUUACCCCCUGAAAGUUUAUUCUUAUGUGGUAUUUUGUUUUGCAAACAGACAAAAGGACCAGCAGAGCUCAGGAAGGUUUUGUGUUGCACCCAAGGUUAGGGGCAAGAAUUUGAAAGGGAUCAGUGAAUCAGAUGUAAUAUGGGCUCUGUUUGAGCCACCCAAUCUCUGUUUUGCUGACGGUCAGUAUUCCAGUUAUAAAAAGCUGCCUAGGCAUUUCCGUCAGCUCAAAAGAACUUUAUCCCUGCUUUCAUUCUGACAUACCUAUUAUGACUUUGUUCACUAAGCAGAAAGAAUUAUGGGAAAUGGAAACUCCAUGGCAUGUUUUUAUUAAGGAGCUAUGUGUGUAUCUUCCCUGAGAAAUUAAAGAACCAAGCAGAAUUGUAUGUUUUCCUUUCAGUGAAGUUUAGCAACUGCAAUGGAAAAAGAAAAGUCCAGUAUGAAAGCAGCGAGCCAGCAGAUUUUAAGGUGGAUGAAGACGGUAUGGUGUAUGCCGUGAGAAGCUUUCCCCUCUCUUCUGAGCAUUCCAAGUUCCUCAUAUACGCCCAAGACAAAGAGACCCAGGAAAAGUGGCAAGUGGCUGUAAAAUUGAGCCUCAAGCCAACCUUAACAGAGGAAUCAGUGAAGGAAUCACCGGAAGUUGAAGAAAUAGUAUUUCCCAGGCAAGUGGCUAAGCACAAUGGCUAUCUACAGAGACAGAAGAGAGACUGGGUCAUCCCUCCAAUCAACUUGCCAGAAAACUCCAGAGGCCCUUUCCCUCAAGAGCUCGUCAGGAUCAGGUCUGAUAGAGAUAAAAACCUUUCACUGCGGUACAGCGUGACUGGGCCAGGAGCUGACCAGCCUCCAACUGGUAUCUUCAUUAUCAACCCCAUCUCAGGUCAGCUGUCCGUGACAAAGCCCCUGGACCGCGAGCUGAUAGCUCGGUUUCAUUUGAGGGCACAUGCAGUAGAUAUUAAUGGAAAUCAAGUGGAGAACCCCAUUGACAUUGUCAUCAAUGUUAUUGAUAUGAAUGACAACAGACCUGAGUUCCUACACCAGGUUUGGAAUGGCACAGUUCCUGAGGGAUCAAAGCCUGGAACAUAUGUGAUGACCGUAACUGCUAUUGACGCUGACGAUCCAAAUGCCCUCAAUGGGAUGUUGAGGUACAGAAUUCUGUCUCAGGCUCCAAGCACCCCUUCACCCAACAUGUUUACAAUCAACAAUGAGACGGGGGAUAUUAUCACAGUGGCAGCUGGACUUGAUCGAGAAAAAGUGCAACAGUAUACGUUAAUAAUUCAAGCUACGGACAUGGAAGGCAAUCCCACAUACGGCCUUUCUAACACAGCCACGGCCGUCAUCACGGUGACAGAUGUCAAUGACAAUCCCCCAGAGUUUACUGCCAUGACAUUUUAUGGUGAAGUCCCCGAGAACAGGGUAGAUGUCAUAGUAGCUAAUCUAACUGUGACAGACAAGGACCAGCCCCACACGCCAGCCUGGAACGCAGAGUACAGGAUCAGCGGUGGAGAUCCCACAGGGCGGUUCGCCAUUCAGACCGACCCAAACAGCAAUGAUGGGCUCGUCACCGUGGUAAAACCAAUUGACUUUGAAGCAAAUAGGAUGUUUGUCCUUACUGUUGCUGCAGAAAAUCAAGUGCCAUUAGCCAAGGGAAUUCAGCACCCACCUCAGUCAACCGCAACUGUGUCUGUUACAGUUAUUGAUGUGAAUGAAAACCCUUAUUUUACCCCAAACCCUAAGAUCAUUCGCCAAGAAGAAGGCCUUCACGCCGGUACCAUGUUGACAACCUUUACUGCUCAGGACCCAGAUCGAUAUAUGCAGCAAAACAUUAGAUACACAAAAUUAUCUGAUCCUGCCAAUUGGCUAAAAAUAGAUCCUGUGAAUGGCCACAUAACUACAAUUGCUGUUUUGGACAGAGAAUCGCCAAAUGUGAAAAACAAUAUAUAUAAUGCCACUUUCCUUGCUUCUGAUAAUGGAAUUCCUCCUAUGAGUGGAACAGGAACGCUGCAGAUCUAUUUACUCGAUAUUAAUGACAAUGCCCCUCAAGUGUUACCUCAAGAGGCAGAGACUUGUGAAACUCCAGACCCCAAUUCCAUUAACAUUACGGCACUUGAUUAUGACAUUGAUCCAAACGCUGGACCAUUUGCUUUUGAUCUUCCUUUAUCUCCAGUGACUAUUAAGAGAAAUUGGACCAUCACUCGGCUUAAUGGUGAUUUUGCUCAGCUUAAUCUAAAGAUAAAAUUUCUUGAAGCUGGUAUCUAUGAAGUCCCCAUCAUAAUCACAGAUUCGGGUAAUCCUCCCAAAUCAAAUAUUUCCGUUCUGCGCGUGAAGGUUUGCCAGUGUGACUCCAACGGGGACUGCACGGAUGUGGACAGGAUCGUGGGUGCCGGGCUUGGCACGGGGGCCAUCAUCGCCAUCCUGCUCUGCAUCAUCAUCCUGCUCAUCCUCGUUCUGAUGUUUGUGGUGUGGAUGAAACGCCGGGAUAAAGAACGCCAGGCCAAGCAACUUUUAAUUGAUCCAGAAGAUGAUGUAAGAGAUAAUAUUUUAAAAUAUGAUGAAGAAGGUGGAGGAGAAGAAGACCAGGACUAUGACUUGAGCCAACUCCAGCAGCCCGAUACCGUGGAGCCUGAUGCCAUUAAGCCUGUAGGAAUCCGACGACUGGAUGAGAGACCCAUCCACGCCGAGCCCCAGUAUCCGGUCAGAUCCGCAGCCCCACACCCUGGGGACAUUGGGGACUUCAUUAAUGAGGGCCUUAAAGCUGCUGACAAUGAUCCUACAGCUCCGCCAUAUGACUCCCUCUUAGUCUUUGACUAUGAAGGCAGUGGCUCCACUGCUGGGUCCUUAAGCUCCCUUAAUUCCUCAAGUAGUGGUGGCGAGCAGGACUAUGAUUACCUGAACGACUGGGGACCGCGGUUCAAGAAACUCGCUGACAUGUAUGGUGGAGGUGAUGACUGAACUUCAGGGUGAACUUGGUUUUUGGACAAGUACAAACAAUAUCAACUGAUAUUCCCAAAAAGCAAACAGAAGCUAGGCUUUAACUUUGUAGUCUGCUAGCACAGUGCUUGCUGGAGGCUUUGGCAUAGGCUGCAAACCAAUUUGGGCUCAGAGGGAAUAUCAGUGAUCCAAUACUGUUUGGAAAAACACUGAGCUCAGUUACACUUGAAUUUUACAGUACAGAAGCACUGGGAUUUUAUGUGCCUUUUUGUACCUUUUUCAGAUUGGAAUUAGUUUUAUGUUUAAGGCUUUAAUGGUACUGAUUUCUGAAACGAUAAGUAAAAGACAAAAUAUUUUGUGGUGGGAGCAGUAAGUUAAACCAUGAUAUGCUUCAACAUGCUUUUGUUACAUUGCAUUUGCUUUUAUUAAAAUAUGGAAUUAAACAAACAAACAAAAAAAAACUCAUGGAGCAAUUUUAUUAUCUUGAGGGAUGAGACCAUGAGAUUGGAAAAUGUACAUUACUUCUAGUUUUAGACUUUAGUUUUGUUUUUCUUUUUUUUUUUCACUAAAAUCUUAAAACUUACGCAGCUGGUUGCAAAUAAAGGGAGUUUUCAUAUCACCAAUUUGUAGCAAAAUUGAAUUUUUUCAUAAACUAGAAUGUUAGACACAUUUUGGUCUUAAUCCAUGUACACUUUUUUAUUUCUGUAUUUUUUCCACUUCACUGUAAAAAUGGUAUGUGUACAUAAUGUUUUAUUGGCAUAGUCUAUGGAGAAGUGCAGAAACUUCAGAACAUGUGUAUGUAUUAUUUGGACUAUGGAUUCAGGUUUUUUGCAUGUUUAUAUCUUUCGUUAUGGAUAAAGUAUUUACAAAAAAGUGACAUUUGAUUCAAUUGUUGAGCUGUAGUUAGAAUACUCAAUUUUUAAUUUUUUAAUUUUUUUAUUUUUUAUUUUCUUUUUUGUUUGGGGAGGGAGAAAAGUUCUUAGCACAAAUGUUUUACAUAAUUUGUACCAAAAAAAAAAAAAAAAGGAAAGAAAAGAAAGGGGUGGCCUGACACUGAUGGCACUACUAAGUGUGUGUUUUUAAAAAAAAAAUAAAAAAAAAAAAGCUUUUAAACUGGAGAGACUUCUGACAACAGCUUUGCCUCUGUAUUGUGUACCAGAAUAUAAAUGAUACACCUCUGACCCCAGCGUUCUGAAUAAAAUGCUAAUUUUGGAUCUGG